AUGGAAUUACCUUGGGUGAUCUUGCUAGCUUCAGUUUUAUUUUCCAAUGUGUUUGCCGACGACGAUUUUUCGUCUUUGGAUGUAGUAAUUGAACACUCAUUCGAUGAAGGAAAAACAUUCAGGCCAAAGGGAAUUAUAUCGUCUUGGUCAAGCGAAGGAACGACUCAGUUACUUAACGAGCCCCCGCUUACCAAAGAGGAACAGAUGAUGCUUGCGAAAUUGGCUUUGAGUGACUCCUUGUAUGUUAUUCGUGCAUACGCCAAACCAAAUUCCUUCGUUCUAAUGAGUUCUUGUCAAGCUUCUCAUUUAAUGGCCUCUGAUGGGAAACUUGCCUUAAUUUUAAGCAUAGACGCAUCUGGUUCACCAAUCGCAAUUUCAUCUGUUACUAGUAAUCAGUCUUUCACUAAAGAUCCUGGCUCCUUAACUUCUCCACCUCAGAUUUCUACUACGGUUUCUUUCCAAAAACCCGCUCUCGCCAUUGGACCUGAUACUCAAGAGUAUCUUGCAAGGCUCGAAAAACAACGGGAGGAGAAGUUGCGUCAAGAGCAAAGUGACAAUCGAUCUUUCUUUUCAAAAUAUUGGAUGUACAUUGUUCCAUUCGUCAUUUUCGUCAUGUUCUUAAAAGCUGGUGAUCCAAACGCGGGUGGAGAAUAA